CCUCAUCCACCCUAUAGUCCUGAUUUAAAUCUAAUAGAAAACGUGUGGAGUUUACUUAAAGACCGUCUUAGUAAACGUCCAUUUGGAUCUUUAGGCCUAGAUAUUAAUAAAGAGAGUAUUAAUAGCUUUAUUAAAGCUAUAAAAGAGAAGUAG